AUGGAGCCAACAACAAUUCAGAUCCUAGGCCGUGACAGCAUAGUCGCGGAUUUUGGCAUUUGGAGGCGCCAUGUUGCUAAAGAUCUUCUUCAGACGCUCUCCUCGUCGACGUAUAUCCUCAUCUCUGAUACGAACAUAGCCCCCUUGUACGUUCCGGAAUUUGAAAAGGCCUUCGAAGAAGCCGCAGCCGGAAAAUCCCCGAAACCCCGGCUGCUUACUUACAAGAUCGCGCCAGGAGAGUCGUCAAAGGGCCGUGAAACCAAGGCAGAAAUCGAGGACUGGAUGCUGAGUUGCCAGCCGCCAUGUGGUCGAGACACAGUGCUAAUUGCUCUCGGAGGUGGGGUGAUUGGGGACCUGUCAGGUUUCGUUGCAGCGACAUACAUGCGUGGCAUUCGGUUCGUACAAGUGCCGACUACGUUACUGGCCAUGGUGGACUCCUCAAUUGGAGGUAAAACUGCUAUUGAUACCCCGAAUGGAAAGAAUUUGAUAGGCUCCAUAUGGCAGCCAGAGAAAAUAUACUUGGAUAUGGAAUUUUUGAACACACUACCACAACGGGAAUUUACGAACGGAAUGGCAGAAGUCAUCAAGACUGCCGCAAUUUCAAGUGAAGCGACAUUUGCAGAACUAGAGGAAAACGCAGACGCCAUUGCCGCAGCACUCAAAACUGAAAAUACCCCAGAACGCUCUCGUUUCAGUGGUAUCCAGGACAUCCUUAAGAGAACCAUUUUAGCUUCAGCGCGAUUCAAGGCGGAUGUAGUAUCCAAAGAUGAAAGAGAAGGCGGGCUACGGAAUCUCCUUAACUUUGGCCAUUCUAUCGGCCACGCCAUCGAGGCAAUCCUCGCCCCACAAGUUCUUCACGGAGAAUGCGUUUCCAUCGGAAUGAUCAAGGAAGUGGAACUCGCUCGCUAUCUGGGAGUUCUUAAAGGUGCCGCCGUGGCUCGUCUUGCCAAAUGUCUGACGCGAUAUGGACUGCCUACAUCUCUCAAGGACGCCCGAAUUCGACGUCUAAGUGCAGGGAAGAAAUGCCCUGUUGACAAGCUCAUUGCCUUCAUGGCUGUCGAUAAAAAGAACGACGGGCCGAUGAAGAAGGUUGUUCUCCUUUCCGCCAUUGGCCGUACCUACGAACAGAAGGCAAGUGUUGUGUCCAACGAGCAGCUCAAAGUCGUUCUCGCACCCAGUGUCGAAGUUUACCCCGGAAUCCCAAAAUCACUCCAGGUUACUUGCACUCCUCCUGGAUCCAAGAGUAUUUCCAACAGAGCGCUUGUUUUAGCUGCCCUUGGCUCUGGAACCUGCCGCAUUAGAAACCUUCUACACUCCGACGACACAGAAGUUAUGCUUAAUGCUCUAGAAGCACUAGGCGCCGCCACCUUUUCAUGGGAGGAAGAGGGCGAGGUUCUCGUCGUCAAUGGAAAGGGCGGUAAGCUAGAUGCCAGUUCCCACGAGUUAUACUUGGGCAAUGCUGGCACAGCAUCAAGAUUUUUGACUACCGUCGCAACCCUCUCCAAUAACAAGGCAGAUGUGUCCCACAAUAUCCUAACAGGUAAUGCCAGAAUGAAGCAACGCCCGAUUGGCGAUUUGGUUGAUGCUCUCAAAGCUAACGGGGUACCCAUCGAAUACAUCGAACAACAAGGAAGCCUUCCCCUCAAGGUUCCUGCAUGCGGCGGCUUCAAGGGCGGAGAGAUAAAACUCGCCGCUAAGGUAUCAUCGCAGUAUGUCUCUUCUUUACUGAUGUGUGCACCGUACGCCAAGGAAAAGGUCACCCUCAAGCUUGUUGGAGGAAAGCCCAUUUCUGAGGCCUACAUCUCCAUGACGGCUGCUAUGAUGAAAUCCUUUGGAAUCAAUGUUGAAAAGUCCACGACCGAAGAAUAUACCUAUCACAUUGAGCAAGGUCAAUACAAGAAUCCACCCGAAUACGUUAUCGAGAGUGAUGCUAGCUCGGCAACAUAUCCUCUCGCCAUCGCUGCCAUGUCUGGAACCACUUGUACUAUUCCUAACAUCGGAUCGAAAUCACUCCAGGGUGAUGCUCGUUUUGCCGUUGAUGUAUUGCGUCCCAUGGGCUGUGAUGUUAAGCAGACUGACACUUCCACCACCGUUACCGGACCUACAGACGGUGCCUUGAAGCCCAUCGCUAACGUUGACAUGGAACCAAUGACCGAUGCUUUUUUAACAGCUUCCGUUCUUGCAGCCGUUGCCAAAGACAAGUCCAGUAAUACUACCCGUAUCUAUGGCAUAGCAAAUCAGCGAGUUAAGGAGUGCAACCGCAUCAAGGCAAUGAAGGACGAACUUGCCAAGUUCGGGGUUACUUGCAGAGAACACGAAGAUGGUAUUGAAAUUGACGGUAUUGACCGUAUGGCAUUGAAGGUACCGUUCAAUGGAGUCCAUUGUUACGAUGAUCAUCGUGUUGCUAUGAGCUUCAGUGUACUAGCGUCGGCCGCCUCUUCCCAACCCACCCUGAUUCUAGAGAAGGAAUGUGUAGGAAAAACUUGGCCCGCAUGGUGGGAUACUUUGUCUCAAACAUUCAAAGUGACGCUGGAUGGGAAGGAGAUAAUCAAAGGAAAUGUUGAAAAUCGGAAAUCUUCGAGGUCUGCUGCAUCUAUAUUCCUCAUUGGCAUGCGUGGUGCAGGUAAGACCACUAGUGGAUAUGGUAUCUCCAAGGCCCUUAAUCGCACCUUCAUCGACCUUGACACCGAGCUAGAGAGGAUUGAAGGGAAAAAUAUUCCGGAUAUCAUCAAGGAAAAAGGAUGGGAAGGGUUCCGAGACUGUGAACUCGCUUUGCUUAAGCAUGUCAUAGCUGAGAAACCAGUAGGGCACGUCUUUGCUUGUGGCGGCGGCAUUGUUGAAACUAAAGAAGCGCGCGACCUCUUGAUCAAUUAUCAUAAAACCAAAGGCAACGUCUUCCUUAUCAUGCGCAACAUCAAGAAGGUUAUUGAAUAUCUUGAGAUGGACAAGUCUCGCCCUGCUUACAUUGAAGACAUGAUGGGCGUAUGGCUUCGUCGAGAACCAUGGUAUCAGGAAUGCAGCAAUCUCCAGUAUUAUAGCCAUCACUCAAAGCCAAGCGAGCUGGAUGCGGCAAUGCAAGGUUUCACGAGAUUUCUCAAUGUGGUCAUGGGCCAAACAGAUCACCUUGAGCUGUUGAAAAAGAGGAGCCAUUCUUUUUUUGUGUCCCUAACCCUUCCAGACCUUCUACCAUGUGGAAAUAUCCUCCAAGCAGCCUCCUUCGGAUCUCACGCCGUCGAAUUAAGAGUUGAUCUUCUCAAAGACCCUUCUUCAACUUCAGCUAUCCCCUCUAUCAGCUAUGUUGCGGAGCAAAUAUCCUUCCUCCGGAGCCAGGCGUCUCUACCACUCAUCUUCACUAUUCGCACCAAAGCACAGGGAGGUUUGUUCCCUGACAGUGCCGUUGAUGAGGCAUUGGGGUUAUAUAAGCUUGCCAUUCGUAUGGGAUCUGAAUUCGUUGACCUAGAAAUAUCAUUCCCAGAUAACCUACUGCAUGCAGUGACUGAGAUAAAAGGAUUUUCUAAAAUCAUUGCAUCCCAUCACGAUGUCAAUGGACAGCUCUCGUGGUCUAACGGAUCCUGGAUUCAAUACUACAACAAAGCUUUACAAUAUGGCGACGUUAUCAAACUCAUUGGCGUUGCUAAAUCUCUUGACGAUAACCUGACCCUUCAGCAAUUCAAAGCUUGGGCAGAGAGGUCCUACCCCAUCCCAAUAAUUGCUAUCAAUAUGGGCAAUAAAGGGCGCCUCAGCCGUAUACUGAACGGGUUCAUGACCCCAGUUUCACAUCCUGCUCUUCCCUUUAAGGCCGCACCAGGACAGCUCUCCGCGAAGGAAAUUCGACAAGCUCUCACGCUCAUGGGUGAACUGGAUGCUAAGGAGUUUGCUCUCUUUGGGAAACCCAUCUCCGCUUCAAGGUCUCCUGCUUUGCACAACACGCUCUUUGCCGAGGCCGGCUUCCCACAUGAAUAUGGUCGUUUAGAGACAGACAACGUCGAAGAUGUCAAGGAAUUCAUCUACUCGGAAGAGUUUGGCGGUGCUUCAGUGACUAUUCCACUCAAGGAGCGCAUCAUGGAACUACUUGAUGAAAUUUCCCCUGAAGCCAAGAUCAUAGGUGCCGUAAAUACCAUUGUUCCUGUCAUUGAAGAGGGUAAAGCAACUCGGAAGUUAGUCGGAUAUAAUACCGACUGGCAAGGUAUGGCCCGAUGCUUAAAGGAUGCUGGAGCAAUAUAUUUGAAAAAUGGAGAAUCUGCCCUUACCAUUGGCAGUGGUGGAACUGCUCGAGCGGCUGUCUACUCGCUUCAUAGCAUGGGAUAUUCCCCCAUCUAUCUUGUUGGGAGGACACCUGCAAACCUAACUAAACUGGCGUCCAGCUUCCCAGCUGAAUACAACGUCCAGGUUGUUGAGGACAUCAAAUCGGUCCAAACCUUUCCUAAGGUAGCAAUUAGCACCAUACCCGGUGACCAGGAAAUCGCCAAGCCUUUGCAAGAAUUGAUUACCUUCAUCAUGAAGAAGGCUCAAGAGGGCUCUGAAGAAUGCAUUAUACUAGAUAUGGCUUAUAAACCUGAUGUGACAGCUAUUGCGCAGCUAGCAUCACCUGCCGGUUGGAAAAUUGUCAAGGGGCUGGAAGUUCUCGUUGCCCAAGGAGUCUACCAGGUCUGUUACAGCUCCCUUGAAUACGUGUGCAGUUUUAAUAUGCAAGCUAACCAACAUUGCUUCCUGUAG